ACAACACAUGGGAUGAACGGCAUUGCAUGAGCGUGAGAACCUUGACCCGAAAAGGCCAAUGGCGUAAACGUCGCUUGUGAGCAGAGGGGCAGCAGAAGGAGUAGAGGCCAGUAGAGGGGGCCGCCGAUUCGGCGGGGAAAAGUUAAGGGCUAACCGCUUCACGGAUGGCAUCAUUCCCCCUCAGAGCUCGGCUGAGAACCCCUGACUACUUCGCACCGCUCGUUUCUUUUCCUUGCUCUCUUAAGGUAGACGGAGUCCUCUACAACUCUCCCUGCGACUUUCUCUCACUCGCUACUCUCUCACUCUCCAUUUCCCUCGAACGCCCGAAAUACCAUAUUCCCCCGUUCUCCGUCCCCAAAAUAACAACGUCAUCAUGGCCGAGGAGCUCAGCAAGAACUUCGAGACGCUACAGUUGCACGCGGGUCAAUCUCCCGACCCGGCCACCAACUCCCGCGCUGUGCCCAUCUAUGCCACGACGAGCUACACUUUCAAUGACUCGGCCCACGGCGCGAGGCUUUUCGGCCUCAAGGAGUUCGGCAACAUCUACAGCCGUAUUUCGAACCCGACGGUAGAUGUCUUCGAGAAGCGCGUCGCCGCCCUUGAAGGCGGUGUCGCUGCCCUGGCCGCCUCAUCCGGUCAGGCUGCUCAGUUCAUCGCCAUCAAUGCCCUUGCCCAUGCCGGCGACAACAUCGUCUCCACCUCUCUUCUCUACGGCGGUACCUACAACCAGUUCAAGGUGUUCCUUCCCCGCCUCGGCAUUGAGACCAAGUUCGUCGAGGGCGACAGGGUCGAGGACAUUGAGGCCGCGAUCGAUGACAAGACCAAGGCUGUCUAUGUUGAGAGCAUUGGUAACCCAAAGUACAACAUCCCCGACCUUGAGGCCAUUGCCAAGGUGGCCCAUGCUAAGGGUGUGCCCCUGAUCGUUGACAACACCUUCGGCGCUGGCGGCUACUUCCUCCGGCCGAUCGAGCACGGCGCCGACAUCGUCGUCCACUCGGCCACCAAAUGGAUCGGCGGCCACGGCACCACCAUCGGUGGUGUCAUCGUCGACUCCGGCAAGUUCAACUGGGGCGAGAACGCCAAGCGAUUCCCCCAGAUGGUAGAGCCCGCGGAGGGCUACCACGGCCUCAAGUUCUGGGAGACCUUCGGCCCCAUCACCUACAUCAUCCGCGCCCGUGUCGAGAUUCUGCGUGAUCUCGGCGCCACCCUCAACCCCUUCGCGGCCCAGCAGCUGCUGCUCGGUCUCGAGACCCUCUCCCUGCGCGCCGAGCGCCACGCCCAGAACGCCCUCGCCCUCGCCAAGUACCUCGAGAACAGCCCGUACGUCAGCUGGGUGUCGUACCCCGGCCUCGAGAGCCACCCGUACCACGAGACCGCCAAGAAAUACCUCAAGCGCGGCUUCGGCGGUGUCCUCAGCUUCGGCGUCAAGGGCGGCGGCGCGGCCGGCAGCCAAGUCGUCGACGGCUUCAAGCUCAUCUCCAACCUCGCCAACGUUGGCGACUCUAAGACCCUGGCCAUCCACCCCUGGACAACUACCCACGAGCAGCUCAACGACGAGGAGAAGAAGGCCUCGGGUGUCACUGAGGACCUCAUUCGUAUCUCUGUCGGAACGGAGCACAUUGAUGACAUCAUCGCCGACUUUGAGCAGUCCUUCAAGGCUGCUGCAGCCAGCACCACCAGCGGAGCCGAGAAGAGCUCAACUGUGCCGGUUGGGAAGGGAGAGGAUGCCCCGCUCGCGCCAUAAAAAGGCUGGGGAGGAAAGGACCAGGAAAUGCUGUAGACGCUAAUGCGUACGUACAUUAUGAGAAUAGAGAAAUGGAUACCCCUUCAAAUUUUAACAAGCCCUUCUUUCCUCCUUCUUCUUUUCCCUUUUGGCCUUGAAUGAACCCAGGCGUUUAUGGCGCAG